AUGCAGGAAACAUUAGAUUUUCUCCGGGUGUGGCAUUAUGGGAAAGAUUCUGCUGAAGAUUCGCGAGGUGAUGAUGCCGAGGGCAACAAGCGACGGAGCAUGUUUGAUAGGAACCUAGAAGCCUUCAGAGACAUGUGGAACGGAUCGUACACGGGGCAGCCCAUGCAUCGAUGUGCUGAUGGGCAUUGUUCUUCAAGGGCGGAUGCUUGCACUAAGAUGGCUUCGACUUUCAUCUCUCUUUUGAUGCUAACACUGCCUGCCAUCCCUGCACCAAACAAGUGGACAAAGCUCUUUCCAGCCUCUGACUUUGUUGGAGUGGGACUACUGAUCAACAAUUACUUGCCUGCGAUCUUUGAACUUGCAUUCCAACCUGUGAUGUUUAAGACAGAUUCGCCCGAGGCCCAGGGUCAAGACACGGAUCCAAGGCUUCUAGAAGGAUUGUAUUUUCAUGCAGUCCAAGGGAAACGAUAUCUGGCUUCGAGGUUGUUUUUGACAUCAUAUGCUUCCCAAUGGGCUUGCAAAUGUUGGCUUCUGAUUUCAGAGCAUCUUCGUCGCUUGGUCUUUCAUUGGCUGCACAAUCUGUCAACUUCCAAGAAGCCUCGGGAUCGCUAUCCAAUUCUUGAGCUGCUGGAUGUUCGUACUAGUGUAGCUUGGGCGGUUCUACAAUGCAUCGCACAUCAGUUGAUGGAUCCCCUUGGCAGACACCGUAUAUCCAUGAUCUGGAGAUCUUCAAAUUGUAGCUCAUAUGAAGCAUGGUGCAGGGCAUCACCCCAAGAGGUACGGGAGCUGAGGCGAGCCCUGCUUUCUUUGGCUGCUUGGAUAUAUCGUCGCCAUGUCUUUUACUGGCAACAGUGGCCCUGGCCUUUGCUUCAGCUGAUCGAUUUGUCGGCAGACAGAGAAAUCAUUGAGGAAGUGAAGCUUCAGUGGGAUGGCUUGCAAGUUUGCUGUGCUAGUCCAGGCUUAGCCCGACAGUUGAAACAACAAGGUGUUUCAUCUGAUGCUUUGCACAAUGAUGAGACAUGGCGUUCUGUUCUUCGUGGUUAUGCAGCACUACUAGAUAUGAGCAUUGCAGAUGUAGAGACGAAGCAUGCCCUGAGUCGCCAUUGGUCAGAGAGGCCGUUUGCAACAAUCGUUGCGAAACACGUGAAUCGUGAGGCCCUCGAAGCUCGCAGCCAAGCCGAUGCGAUCCGGGAGAUGGUGCAUGGCACACAAGCUGUUGUGAGUGCGACAGCAGUGCAUUGCAAGAAGAACAAGACAGCUGUAGCCUUCAAAGAGCCACAGAUUCGGGGUAAAUCUGCUCUGUUGUGUUUCCGUGAUGAUUUUCUGGAGAAUCAGCGGCAGAUCUUGGCGGGCUCAGUCGUGAAUCCCUGCUCCAAAGAAUUCUGGGCGGAGCUGAAGCAAGCUUGGGCAGACAUGCCAAGGGCCAAACAGGCUUACUACGAGGAGCUGUCCUCGCAGUCGUUGCAGAAAGCGGCUCUGGAUCGGAAUGCGAAGAAACAAAAGCAGGCUGAAACUGUCACUUGCACCGAGGUGUCACUUCCAGCUACGGCCCAGGUGGAAUCGAGCGGUGCCAUGUUGCCUCCAGUAACCUUGCCUGUUCAUGUAACUCAGCAGCUGGCUAAUGCAGUGCCUUACAAUCCGUGGACUUUGGCAGCUGCAGCUGCCGGCUGUGCAAGCAUUACAGAGGUUGCCGAUGGCAUCAGAAAGUACUUGCUGAAUCCGAGGUCUUCGAGUGAUCUGAAUCUGCAAGACGAGUUUCUCAGUUCUUGCCCCGUUGCAGAAGAUCAGCUGCAGAGCAAUUGGCAGUUUAAUGUGCAGAAUGGAGUGACAUGGGCUCAGGCACUCAAUCAUUUCAACAUUCAAGCACAACGGUUCAGUAUCCCACCAUCAGAUGACAAGUUUCCUGAUCGUGUGACGUACCAAAGCUGCUGUGGCUGCUUUUGCCGCACGAAUGCUUCGCCUCAGGGUCUGUUCUUGUUUAGUAAGCUCUUAGGCAGUUUUGAGGAUGUUAUCAAGCAGUGUGGAAAUGGAUCCGCACCAUCAGCAGCUAGCUGUGACAUCCUGUUGCGAUUCAGUUUCUUUGCCGAAGACGAUGAAUUGCCGAGACAGGACAUGUAUGCUUGGAUGACGGCCAUGACAGCACGGAGUGGUCCCCACAACUGCACUCAGAACUUCAUACUGAUGUCGGUAGCACUGGAUUCGUCACCCGAUUGCUUGAAGUUGAGACUACAUUCGCAGGCGGCAAUUGGACAGCAGGUGAAGUGGUGUUCCAAUCUGUUGCAAUCUGGUCCAUUGUGUCAUUUCAGUGAGCAGGAAUUUGCGAAACGUCUUCUGGAAAUUUUCCACGAGUGUCGUGCAUCUGCCGUCGUUAUCACUCGACUUGCCUUCCAGGACCUAGAUUUGUGCACGGUCGUCGUCGAGGGCAGUUGGGAUUCCUGGGAAGAUUUGACGGUGCGAUUCGCUGGUCAGCAGGCGGCCGGCGAGGAAGAUGAGCAAGCAAUUGAUGUGCCACAAGCUGUGGCUGAUGAUGGGCUCCCCGAAAGCGCCGAUCAGCCUGAUCAGGGAAAUCACUUCGACCUGCUAGCAGAAAUUUCGGAGGGUGGUGGAGUUCAGAAGCGGGGUAAAGGAAAGGGUAGGGGCCGGGGUCGUGGAACUUCCUCAGAGUUGCGACGUGGAUUGGUUGCAGCCUUGCCUUUUGAUCCAACAAUUCAGCAGGAAUUACAACGUGAGUUUCAGCAGUUUCUUGCAGAUGAGCAUGUGCAGCCGGACAUUGUGCUUCCUGACAGACCUGGUUGUUCAGACAUUGAGAGAACUUUGAGAGACCCCGCCAUUGCUGCAUCGCUGGAUGCAGAGACUACCGAGUCCGUUCUGGAGGCUGUGGCAACUUGCAGGCAAGCGAAUCCUGAUUUAGAGGCUUGCUUUGCAGAGUCUGAUGAUGGCGAAAUCGUCGAGGAUACGGUGGAUCCAGGGCAGGAGCCGCCUGAUCCUCCUGAAGCUGGGGGUAUUGGCAGUGUUGGGCUUUCUGAUGAUGAAGCUGUUGAUGCUGGGGCUGCUGUGGCCGUGGCGACUACGGCAGAUUCCCGGGCAUCCUCGGCGAUGCCGCCUGCAGCCACCUCUUCUGGGUCUUCGGUUGCACGUGCAGCUGGUGCACAGCUUUCAGAGAUCACUUUGGGCACUAGUGAUGCAGGAUUUCCUUUGAAGCUUCUUGAAAGCAAACAUGACACUGUUCGUUUCGAAAUAUGGGAAGCUCGACUGAAGCAGUCUGUUGUUUGGGGCCAGAUUCGUUUGAUGGCAUUUGCCAAUCGGCGCACGUACAAGGCCACUUGCAAGAUUCACAAGAAUUGUCAUUGUGUCAUUAAUUGUUUAGAGCAUGAGCGGCUCGUGGAGUGGUUAGCCGUGGCUGGCAACAAGUCAGCAGAAGAGCACGAAGUCCUCAGUCGUGAG